CACAAUGAAAAUCUGUUGAUUCAAGAGUCCAGGAGUCCAGAAUCCUGAUCUAUGAAAUCAACACGGUUCCCUAUAAAUACUGUGAAAAGGGAGCUCACCUCUCUACUCGAAGCUGCACAGUCGAGACAAGAUGGAGAAACUCUUGGUUUUCAUGGUGAUGCUUGCAUCUUGUUAUGCAGAUACACAAGAUCUUUCUGGCAAAGCCUUUGUCUUCCCGAGGGAGACGAACAGAGAUCAUGUGAAACUGAUGACACCCAAAACAUCCUUGAGUGCAGUCACCGUCUGUUUCAGAUUCAAGACAGAUCUCAGCAGGAACUACGGCCUCUUUUCUCUGGCCACACCGGGGAUCAGCAACGACUUUGUCCUCUUCAAGACAAACAACAACGACGUUAUAAGGAUGCAUGCUCGAGACGGCGGCACUGACUUCUUGGCACUGUCUUUUCCUCCCAACAACUGGCAUACAUUGUGCGCCACCUGGAACUCCGAAGAUGGCAUUUCUCAGUUGUGGGUGGACGGUAAACCCACCAUCAAGAGGUUUAUCCAUUCAGGGGAACCCAUCAGCGGCAAGCUCAGCACAGUCCUGGGCCAAGAGCAAGACGCUUAUGGGGGAGGCUUUGACGCCAAUCAGUCCUUCAUCGGCAUGAUCUCGCGACUUCACAUGUGGGACUACGUCCUCUCUCCGGAGGAGAUCCAACGCUACAAGGCCGACUCAAACUUCACCCCUGGGAACGUGUUCAACUGGAGAGCCCUGGACUAUGAAGUAGUUGGCAACAUUUUGGUGGAGCCAGAGGUCAUGUAAAAGAAUCUAGCUGUGCAA